AUGCCAACCGAAGGCUACAUCAGCGUAUCUCAGGCAAACCGGAUUGUCGGUUCGUCCUCGCCUGAUUCUGCGUUACCCAAAACGAGCCCGGCAGACGAGUCGCGGGACCCUGGCCUCAAAUCGUCCAGCCUGGUGCAUGCCUACAGCGGCGCCCAUAUAGACAUUAGACCAGUCGCAUCUCUGAUUGAUUGCAUCUCCGACCGUUGCCUCAUAGACAUAUUUAUCUCGCCGGUCCCCUGGGCCAGUGGGUUGGCUACCCCCUCUCCAGAACCAUGCAUGCCUCCACGCUCACCUGCUCUCUCCAACCCCCGAAACCGACUCUUUUACCGGUCGAGAGAGUGUUCGGCUGCCACCGAAGUAUCCCGUUGCUCCAUUUAUGCUUUGUUGCCUAACGCCUCUCUGCAGAGUUGUCUGUCUGUAUUUAUGUCGCUCACAGCGUGUGUGCGGCAGCAGGAAGAAGAGGAGGAGGAGGAGAAGGAAGGGGCGGUCUCUGAUGGCGUCGGGUCAAGGCAGGGAGGGCUGGGGGACAUGGUACCCUUAAUUGGCCGAACGGCAAACCAUCUGGCCACACCGUCCUGUCUAGUCGGUUAUUGCACUCUUCAGGGCAUGUUUGAAACUGAUAUCGCGUACGGUUUUAUGUCCAAACUUUACAGUUGCAGUGCCGUGAAGAUACAGUUUCAACGCCGCCAGGGUGGUUAG